AUGGCAGCAUCGUCGGCGAGAUCGUCCCAGAGAACUUCGACAGCGCCGGUGAUAGUCUCAAAGCCUUCAAGCUUAGGAAGUUCCAAUGAAUUUGGAUCCGAACUCCCACUCAGCGAUAGGCUCAAAGCCUUCAAGUCUUCGAAUUUCGAUCCUGAGGCCUAUGUCACCAAUAAAUGCCAAGCCAUGAGCGAAAAGGAAAUAAGGCACUUGUGCCAUUACCUUGUAGAUUUAAAGAAGGCGUCUGCAGAGGAGAUGCGUAAAAGUGUCUACGCUAAUUAUGCAUCCUUUAUACGCACAUCUAAGGAGAUUUCUGCUCUUGAGGUCCAGCUCCUUCACUUGAAAAAUCUCCUAUCUACCCAGGCAGCUAUUAUUCAGGGUUUAGCUGAAGGAAUGCAUGUUGAUUCCUUGUUUUCUGGUCCUGAAGGUUCUACAAAAGAAGACAUAAUUAAUGUUGAAGACCGCGAACCUUCAAAGAUAGAGAAAUGGUUAGGGGAAUUUGUGGAGCACCUUGAAGUUUUACUGGCUGAGAGGAGAGUGGAUGAAGCUUUGGCCGCACUGGAUGAAGGGGAACAUAUGUCUGUGGAAAUUAACCGCAAACAAAAAUUGACCCCAUCGGCAUUCUUAUCAUUGCAGACUACAAUUACGGAACAGAGACAAAAAUUAGCUGAUCAGCUUGCAGAGGCUGCUCUCCAGCCCUGUACCCGUGGUGUUGAGCUUCGCAUAGUUGUACAAGCUCUGAAACAACUCGGGGAUGGUCCCCGUGCUCACACGUUGCUACUUAAAUCUCACCACUUGAAGUUGCAACGUAGCAUGCUAGAUCUUCACCCAUCUGGUACUUCACAUGGAGCAGCCUAUACUGCUGGUCUUUCACAACUUGUAUUUUCAACUAUUGCUCAGGCAGCAAGUGAUUCCUUGGCUGUUUAUGGAGAUGAGCCUGCAUAUUCGUCUGAGCUUGUAACUUGGGCUGUCAAGCAGGCUCAGGCUUUUGCUCUUCUUGUUAAAAGACAUGUUCUAGCCUCAGCAGCUGCUUCGGGAGGUCUAAGAGUUGUUGCAGAGAGUGUUCAAAUAUGCUUGGGUUAUUGUUCUUUGUUAGAAGCUCGUGGAUUGGCCCUUUCUCCCGUCCUCUUGAAAAUCGUCAGGCCUUGUGUUGAACAAGCAGUGACUGCCAACUUAAAAAGAAUUGAACAUAGCACUGCUGCAUUUGCUGCUGCAGAUGAUUGGUCACUUUCUUAUCCACCAGUUAGUAUACGGCCUUUGGGCACAUCUCUUGGUAGUGUGAUUGCAUCCCAGCCAAAGCUUUCUAGCAGUGCUCACAGAUUCAAUUCAAUGGUUCAGGAUUUCUGUGAGGAUGUCGGUUCCCUUGAGAGCUUGCAGUUGACAGACCAUGCUUUGGAAGGUGUCUUGCAAGCUUUCAACUCGUAUGUCAAUAUGCUGAUAAAUGCGUUGCCAGGUUCAAUGGAGACAGAGAACUUGGAGGGGUCCGGGAGUAGAAUCGUUAGGAUGGCAGAGUCUGAAGCCCAACAGAUAGCUUUGCUAGCUAAUGCAUUAUUAUUGGCAGAUGAACUGCUCCCACGAGCUGCUACCAAACUUUCAUGCUUCCAGCAGACUAAUAGAAUAGAUGACCCCCCUAGACGGUCUUCAGACAGGCAAAACCGUGCUCCAGAACAAAGAGAACUGAAAAGGAGACUUCAACGUUUGGUGGAUCAGCUGCGAGAUAGCUUCUGCCGACAACACGCCCUUGAUCUCAUCUUUACAGAAGAUGGUGGCGUCCGUCUCAGUUCAGAUAUGUACAUAAGUAUGGAUGACACUGCAGAUGAGCCCGAAUGGUUUCCAUCUCCUAUAUAUCAGGAACUGUUUGCAAAGUUGACUCGGAUGGUAAGCAUUGCAUCAGAUAUGUUUGUGGGAAGGGAAAGGUUUGCGACUGUUUUAUUGAUGAGACUCACAGAGACUGUCAUCCUGUGGCUAUCUGAUGACCAAACCUUUUGGGAAGAGAUUGAGGCGGAGGCAAAACCUUUGGGUCCUCUUGGCCUUCAACAGUUUUAUUUGGAUAUGGAGUUUGUGAUACUCUUUUCAUCCCAAGGACGUUACCUAUCUCGGAAUCUGCAUCAAGUUAUCAAAAACAUAAUAAGUAGAGCAAUUGAAGCAGUUGCAGCAACUGGAUUAGAUCCUUACAGAUUAUUGCCGGAGGAGGAUUGGUUUGCUGAGGUUGCCCAAAUAGCAAUAAAGAUGUUGACCGGAAAAGCAAACUUUGGUACCGAUGAACGAGAUGUUAUCAGUCCAACUGCAUCUGUAUCAGGAAAAUCUAUAUCAUCAAUCUUAUCUCAUGGAAGUAACUAG